AUGCCUAAACUGAGAGAAGGAUACCGCGAAUUUUACGAGGAGAAGGUAGAAAGGGAACUGAACGAAAAGUACUCAGCUCGGAUUAAAAAUUACCGAAGAGCCCGGAAGCAAUUUCUAAGGCGUGAAAAGCUAAUAAAAAUUGUAAAAAAUAAAAGAACCAUUGAUAACACGGGGCCGCGAUGGUACCAAGAGCUAUCAGUCAAUCAGAUUGAUAUCUUGGAUAAGUUUCGUAAUAGUAUGAGGAAUGACUACGAUGUGUGCACGUCACAAUACUCAAAACACGCGAUCAAAACUCUUGGAGUGCGCACUUUUAUCCCGGAUACCGUGGCUACAUACGCCAAGGUCGUCAGCGAACUUGACCCGGUUUUUUAUUUAAUGGAAAUAAAAAAUUACGUGAUGAAAAUGAACAACCGUGUACAAAUUGGCCAAAAUAAUAAUGCAGUUAAGUAUUCAGUGGACGUGCGAAUAUUAAUGACUGGUAUUGUUUACCUUGAAUUUCCAAACUUAAUCAAAAGGCUGGAUUAUUGCCUACCAAAACCGGUACCUGACAAAAUGCUUAAAUAUAUAAGACUACCAAAACGAACACUAAUCAAAUAUGAUUCUCCCUAUUUGGAACCGUUACCUGAACCCAUUAUUUCGAGGACCGAAGAGAAAAAAAUUCAGUGGCACAACAUGAAAGUAAAAAAACAAAAAAUGAGUGAACAGUUAAAAGUCAUAGAACAACAAAAGCUUCAAAAAACAGAGACGGAAAACGAGAACUCAAUAAAAGCACGAAUGAAAAUCGAAUACCCUGAACAUCCAUUGCAGAAAAUGUUAUAUCGGCCACCGUUAAUGUUAGGAUCUAUACAAGAAGACGAAGAACUGAUUAUCGAAUCUCACUCAUCCGAAUCUAUUUUUUUCGAAAUGGAGGAGGAAGACACGUGGUCUCUAGAAGAGAUGGAUGGCGGACGUGAUCCGAUUAAAAUGCCGGUCCGAAGCUCAUCACUGUUCACGUUUUCCGAUUCGGAAUCCUCGCAGAGCACAAUGUCCGUGAUCGAGCAACUGCCGUCGUCCUCGUCAUCGUCCAGCGGCAGAGAAGAGUCGACCGACCGGUUACCUUACGGGUGGCUAAAGGCUGAUCUCUCGGUACCGUACGACCCGGCGAGUUGGGCCGACCAGUCGUCGUCGGACGAUGACUGGCUAGCCGAGAAGAAAGCAUUGAAUGUGACGCAGACGGCGAUCGAUAUUGACAGCGCUAACUACGAAACGUCCACGUCGUCCUUAAUUAAUUUUCCGGUAAUUACAUCUUAUUUGUUUCAAUCAUCUUGUUGUCGCACAAUUACCCGGUUUAAAUCACGUUACUGCGUUUUGAAACCUUCCGAGUUGAUCCGCACAAAGGAAAACGUUUUGCAACGCAAGCGAUAUUUUAGUCGAUUAGCCUAUGUUGAAUUAAUGGCGCUCCAUGGCAUCUAUAUUGAUUCUACCGGCUCAAACGCGGAAUACGGACUGGAAUCGGACGGCGAAGACGACAAAGACGACAACUCCGAUGUAUACGAUCGAACGGAAGACGACGGCGAGGACAACCAGGACACGGACGACGGCAAGGACGGGUUGUGCGGACGAGCAUGGCCGGCAAUGGACGAGCGUGACAGACGCGUGUGGCGGGUCUUCGGCGUGGACGGAAUGCCGUUCGUCACGAAGGACCGAACACCAUCCUCGUCUAACACGUCCGCGAGGUCCCUUCAAUCGUCCACGGUGUUCAAGGGUUCGGGCGGUAAGCGCGAGAACGUCUUUCUGGAAAGGAAACAGACCGUGUUGAACGUGGUAUCGACGAACGAGUCGACAGAUAGCGGCAGCGUCGAAUCUUUGCCGCACUCGUCCAACGCGUCGGCGGAACAGUCCCGGCAGCCGAGCGAUAGUGAGAAAGCUGGAAAUUUAUUGGACGAACAACUUGAUGUUAUACGCAAUCUACCGUUGAAGUCACAACUAAAUGCGACACUGGAAUUUUUGUCAAACAUGGGAGAUCCUAUAGCCGGAUUUCCAGAAUUAACUAAACUGUAUAAUUUGCAGAUAUGGUACCAAAAACGAUUAAACAUAAACAGACAUAUGACGUCAAAAUAUAAACAAAACCUAAUGGAUAAAUCGGUUACUAUCUGGAAAGUUCCUGUACCAAAACUGACAACUGUCACUAUACCGAAAUUGAAGUUGAAAUCAAAUACAUUGACUUGGGGUCAAAUAAGUAGUACAAAACAAGAAAUCAAGAGGGCUAAAGCUGAGUACACUACGAACUUGAAACGAACUGCGAUUGAUAAUGCAAGGAACAUGUAUUUGAGCACAUACAACGAUUACUUCGAAAAUGGAUUAAAUAAGAACUUCAAACGAACGUUCUUUGCCUAUUUUCCGGCGAAAGAAGACGAUUGCAUGUUCGAAAACCCGCCGAAAAUAUUCAACGAGAAAGCUUAAUUUUAAACUUCGAACAAUCAGGAAGUAGUAAUCUUUGACUGUUUAAAUUAAUCAUAUUCCAUAUACAUAUACACACCAUAACGUAAAGUCACAGUGUAUAAACGAGUAUCAUGAAAUUACAAUUUUACAUUUUUAACCACAUAAAUUAUAGUUUUAUAAUUUAAUUUAUCACUGUGUAAUAAUUAUGUAAUGAUACUGUACAGUAGUGAUUUAGAGAUUAAG